AUGCACACCGUCUUUCGAAUCGGUGAAGUUCGAAAAGUUGAUAAGAAAAGUCCACUUUAUGAAGUAGACCUUAAACUUACGUCAGAUGACGACCAACAACUUCGUCAAUUAACCAAUCGUAUACGAGAAGAAUCAUCAGGUAGCAGUGGAUGGCACCGUAUUGGUACAUUGCUUCUCACAAUUGGGCAGUUCGACAAGGCCGAAGAAUUGUACAUGGCACUACUAGAACAGGCAUCAAACGACAGUGAUAAAGCACAUAUCUAUAACGAGUUCGGACGGUUGAAAAACAACCAAGGACAAUAUACAGAAGCAGUUUCAUUUUACAAAAAGUCUCUCGAAAUCGUUGAAAAAACUUUUUCGAAAGAUGAUCCAAAAUUGGCUAAUAUCUACAACAAUAUUGCUGUUACGUAUAAUGACAUGGGUGACUACUCGAAAGCACUUGAAUUUUACGAAAAAGAUCUCGAAAUCACAAAAAAAGCUCUGCCUCCGAAUCAUCCCGAUUUGGCUACUUCCUACAGCAACAUCGGUCAAGUGUAUAAUGACAUGAGUGACUACUCGAGAGCACUUGAAUUUUACGAAAAAGCACAUAAAAUCUACGAAAAAGCUCUGCCUUCGAAUCAUCCCUCAUUGGCUAGUAGUCACUUGAAUUUUGCAACGUGUUACGAACGAAUGGGUGAUUACGCAGCAGCUCUUAAGGCUCUUCAAAGUGCUUUUCAAAUUCAACAACAAGCAUUUCAAGUAGGUAAUCCAACUUUUGCUUUAACAUAUAGUCGGCUCGGAAGAGUUUAUCGCAGUAUGAAAGAUUACUCAAAGGCACUUGAUAAUUUUGAAAAAUGUCUCUCAAUACGUCAGAAAGCCUUGCCUGACGAUCAUCCAGAUCGAGCUACUACAGACAGUGAUAUUGGUGAUGUUCAUCGAUUAAUGGGUAAUUAUGAAAAGGCACUUGCAUUUCAUCAAAAAGCAUUAAAUAUUCAAGAAAAUGUUCAAUAUAAUCCUCUGGAAUGUGCAUUGACAUAUAUAAAUUUAGGUGAAACUUAUCGUGAAAUGAAAGAUUAUUCAACGGCAUUGACAUUUUAUCAAAAAGGAUUAGAAAUACGUGAAAAGAAAUUACCAAAAAAUCAUCCUGAUUUAGCUGUUGUAUAUCAUAAUAUGGCAAAAUUAUAUUUGGCUACACGAAAAUAUAGUAUAGCAAUGAAAAAUAUUCAACAAGCAGUUGAAAUAGCUCAAGAAAAAUUACCUUCAACACAUCCUCAUCUUUUGGAAUAUAAAGAAACAUUUGAAAAAAUUCGAAAGAAAAUGUAA